CAUGGUGUCCGACGUGUGCGAUAUACUCAAGAAGCUCUACAGGCUAAGAGGCAGAGAGACCAAGCCAAACUUAAAGAGUAUCUGGCACUGACUGAGGAUGUUCUUGCCAAGAAGAAGAACAAGGACUGGAGCAAAGAUGCCUUUGACCUCACAACACGGGUGCUCCACAUGAACUCCGAAUUCUAUACCGUCUGGAAUUACCGACGGAACAUUCUACUGAAUGGUCUGUUUCCUAAGAGCUCCCCAUCAGAAAUCAAUGAGAUUCUGUCCAACGACCUAUCUUUAACUACUCAACAUCUCAAACUACAUCCCAAGGUGUACUGGAUUUGGAAUCACCGCCGAUGGUGUCUCGAGCACGUCCCUGAUGGUCCUUCUGGCGAGGAUGUUGACGGCUGGAGGAAAGCGAACUGGAACAAGGAGCUAUAUGUUGUCGAGAAGAUGCUCGAUGCCGAUGCGCGAAACUUUCAUGCCUGGAACUAUCGCCGAUAUGUACUGGCUAGUAUGCCUGUCAAACGACCCGAGCAGCUAGAGUUGGCGUACACCACGCGUAAGAUUGAAGCGAAUUUCUCAAACUUCAGUGCGUGGCACCAGCGUUCCAAGGUGCUUAGCGCACUGUGGGGUGCGGGAAAGCUCGAUCUUAAGAAGUCGAGGGAGGAAGAAUUCGAGCUGGUGAAGAAUGCGAUGUAUACGGACCCAGGAGAUCAAAGUGUAUGGAUUUACCAUAGGUGGUUGAUUGGCUCUGGAGACGAUCAUGAGCUUCUACGUCGAGAAAUCGCUGGCAUACAAGAGCUUCUCGACGAACAACCCGAUAGCAAAUGGUGCAUGGAAUCGCUCGUAUUCUACAAACGACUUCAGCUUCGCAAUCGCGCAAAACGCAUGAGCGAACCGGAGUGUCACGAUAUUAAAAUCUCAUGUUUGCAGCUUUUACGAAAUUUAAUCAGUGUCGAUCCGGACAGAUGGCACAGGUACGAGGAACUGUGUAAGUGUGAUAUCGUCCACUGUCAUGGCAUAUGUGUAAUAUAUGCAUUGCAGCUGAAGAGGUGA